AUGGAAACUCUUCUAGAUAGCGAAACACUAAAGAAUUACGAAAAAGAAACGAACGAAUAUAUUCGCAAAAAAAAAGUAGAAAAAUUGUUCGAUGUCAUUUUAAAAAAUGUUCUAAUAAACAAACCAGAAAAUGUCUAUUUGUACAUAUAUAAGAACAUUUAUUCUUUCCUUUUGAAUAAAAUUUUUAUAAUCGGUCCUCCUUUGCUGAAAAUUACUCCUACCUUAUGUUCCGCCAUUUCCAGCUGCUUCAGCUAUUACCACCUUAGUAUUUCACAUAUGAUUGAGUCUUAUAUGCCUCUUGAGACAACGAACGAUGUUGAAAAUUCACCAAGAAAAAAAUUAGCCAGUGAUGAUUUAAUUUGUUCCAUUGUUAAAAGAAAUAUAAACAACCUGAAUGCAAAACAAAGGAGGGGCUUUGUUGUUGAAGGGUUCCCAAGUACUAAUCUACAGGCACAUAGCUGUCUUCAACAUUUACCUUCCUACAUUUUUGUCUUGUAUGCCGACGAAGAGUAUAUUUAUGAACAGUACGAGAAGGAAAGUAGAAUAAAAAUCUGCUCUGACAUGAAUAAUCAAACAUAUGAUGAAAAUUCAGAAUUAUUCGAAAUGGCGGAGAUCGAUACGCAUCCUCUAAAGGAUGAGGUAAAGGUCUACUUAAGAAACAUUUCAGGGGUGUUAUCUGUCCUCGGGGAUCGUAAGGAAGUACUAAAUUUACGUGAUUAUGAUGAAAACGGCUUAAUUGAACAUAAUAAGAUUGGUCAAACUAAAGAUGAAUGGAAUUGCGUCUUUGAUGAUUAUUCAGUAAACUAG